ACGGAAGUUAUGUCAUAUGUCUGUUAAUAACCCCCAUGUCCACGUCAUCCCUCACGAAAGGCGGAAUGAACGUGCAUGCUUGAUUUUUCUACCAUCCAAAGCAUAUAUUACCUUUAUAUUUCCAUAACAUCGAUUGCCGUGCGCUACCAACAUGGCCCUUGACAGCAAUGUCUCACCAAAAACACUUCAGAGUAUACCUGAAGUAGAUGCUGCCAAAUGCAGGUUACCUGAGAAAAAUCCGCUGGAUAUGUCAUUACAGAGAGAACAAGAUGACGCAGCCAUUGUAUAUGCAGCUAUGGACAUAAAUAAAGCCUCGGAAGUUGUUACCUAUAUGAGGAGCUUGAAAGUGAUUACGGGAGAAAGCCCACGAAUAAGCUUAUACGAUAUGGAAAAAUUUGAAGGAUCACUUAUUGAAGCGCCAGCAAAGCUGUUAGAGAGUUGUAGAAUUAUUUUCAUUUUAUUAACUGUUAACUUCGAACAUGAUAAACACUGCAUAUAUGUGCUUCACGAAACGCUGGCAGAUACCAGGUUAGAGAGAAACUCUUCCGAUCCGAAGAAAUAUUGUGUGCGACCCCUCCAUACUCAGCCAGAGAACCGCCGAAAAUAUAAGACACCGUGCGGUCUUAAGUCAAUUCGUGGGUUUGACGUCCACGAUUUAGACAACGAACAUUGUAGGAAAAAGCUUCUUCAUUUGUUCAAUUUUAACAGAGGUCACCGAGAAACAGGACACUGCCAUGACCAACAGGAAGAUCUGAGCAAGUUCUGCAAAGAAGACAAAAGCGACUUGGGCCUUGCCGAAACCAGUCUAGUGAAUGACUAUGCAACUAUGGGACCUUCAAGCUCGAGUCCACAUACUCGUGCCAUGACAAAUGGUUUCAGCCCACCUCAUAAGGACAUAAGACGGCAAGGCAAUGGAAUGACGUUGAGAGAUGAAACGUCAGAUGGUGACUUCUCUGACGGAUCGUACAGUAUGGAAGCUCGCCAUGGAAGUAGAUCGUUAAAGCCAGGGGAGUAUAGCUGCAUCAAUGAACCUUUAGAGCAUCUUACUCGAAAAAUACAAUACGAGGCUCCAUUUGUUAACACAGAAUCCAACCAACGCCUUAAUCUUUCUGAUAGUAUGGGAAGUCUGACUAUGGAUGGAAAAAGGUCAGGCUUUGAUAAAGGCAUUGAAACAAUCGCUGAUUCUCACAAUACGGGUGAUCCGGUAGAUGGAGCUGUCGAUGACCCUGCUCAAACACACGUGACGAGGGGAAGUCCCUCUGUGGAUGAACCAGAUCACAGCGAAAACAGUACUGACAAACGUCACAAUCAUCCGAAAACAGGAGCUGACAUAGUCCCAGUAGAGCCGUGUGUUUGUUCACCCUCUAGAGAGCCUGGAGAAAACGUCAUUGAUACUUCUAAUGCUCCAAAACCAGAUAAGGAGAUAACGGGAACGUCAUUGCCCGUGGACUCGGAAGACUUCGAACCUGUAGACUCUUCCGUCAGUACAAAUUUUACUGACAUGGCGAAGGAAGUUCAGCAGAGCACCUUCACUGAAACACAUGAUCAAAAGAUUCAAAGAUGCUCACAUCUUGGAUCUGCAUCACCAUUCCAAAAGGAAGACUCCGCUCAUGACUUGGGAUCAAACAAGGAUGGCCAGCUGUUGUCAGCUUUGGUCGACGCGUCUGAUAUUACCAAAGGGACAGACCGGAAGUUGGAGGUUGAGGAGACAUCUAAAGAGUUCCCAAGUGACUCAUACAGUGCAAAUAUUACUGAUAAACAGGGUGACGCCAUAACAGAGCCAGUGAUGAAGACAUGCGGACCAGGUUAUCAGCCAGCUCCACUGUGUUCAUACCCAUCUAGUGAAGAUAGAUCUUUGUUCGAGCCUCAAAGGAUAAAAGGUGACGACAAUAAUACUCUCAAGACACCUACUCAAGAAGAAGUGAUGGAAAACCGUACAUUACAUGCUGAUGACGUCCCAGUAUCACCGAAUCAAAUAGUGCCAGCUGGACAGUCAGGUGGAACCCCAAGUUCAGCGACGUAUGUCUUCAUCAAUGACUGCUCUAACAUUGAGCUUAGCGGAGACGUUCAUCUGGUCAAUGAUAGUGUCAAUACAAAGACUGAAGGAAGUAACAUGGGCAGGGAAAAUCGACAGCCAAAAACAAAGAAAAGACAUGGCAGUUUGGCCCUGAUGCCCAGGAAUCAUGAAACAAGUUCAGGUAGCACAUGUAGUUCCAAAUCAAGUCCAUCUUCCAGCCUUGAGAAGAGCAGUACGGAGAUGUUAUCAAAAACGCAAGCAGCUUCAGUUUGUAAGGUGGCUCCACAAUCAGGACUUGGCAGAUCUAAAGGGGAUGCUCAAGAAGGAUCAAGAUGUCUAAGCGAUGUCAUUGAAGAUGCUAGAGGUCAGCCAGUAGUGGAGUCAAGUGGAAAGAAGAAAAAGAACCAGAUUUCAGAUUCAUGUUCAGCACAGAAUGGCAGUGAAGUUGAUUGUGCAGACAAGUUAAACUUAUCCAAGGAUGAGAGGAAGAAGAAAUCAAAAAGAAAAAUAAUAUGCUUCCCAUUUCCCAGAUGUGGGAACAAGAAGAAAUAGUGCCAAAGUUGGUGUCACUAGUGUGCACUAGUUUAAACAAAUGUCAAUGAAUUCCUUUCAAAGUAGAUUCCCGGGGAAGAAUAUAGGUGCCCAGCAGCCUAUUGUGACUAAAUGGAUCAUGUUGUCAGGGUCGAUAUGAUUCAGUGCAUGUUGACCAUCGUCACCUAUGGUAUGGAUUAAUGCUCAGUUUCAGUCACUGGAUUGUCUUGUCCAGACUCAGAUAUGGAUUUACAAAUAGCUGGAACAUUGCUGCGGUCUGAUUCUCACAGCGAAAAAGAACGUCCGAAGCAGUUGAAGUUAUUUUCAUGCUACUGAAGGGAUGUCAUGUUUUUUGCACAUGUUUUUGUUUGUUUGUUGUUUAAUGUAGCAUUUGGCAAUAUUCCAGCUUUGUUGUCGUGAUCUGAAAUAAUCAAGUCUCUGCU